AUGUAUGCCCCGAGACUUUCCCGAUUUGUAUGCUCAAAAUGUUGUAACUAUUACAUUCCGGAAGAUGGAGAGCAUAUACCUGAUCCGGCAAAUGAUAUUUAUGACCAACCAAUAUGCCGAAGAUGCUUAGAAGAAGAUAUGGAAGAUUUAUUCGCCAAAACAUGCGAAAGAUGUCAAACUCGUUUUAAUCGUGAGGAAAACGAAUAUUCUGAUUUAUGCGCAACUUGCAGUUCAUUAGAGGAAGGGGAGGAGUAUGAUAGUGAUUAA